AUGUCUCCAGAUCCCGUCGACCACCAUACCGCAUAUCCAUUCCAGCUGACAGAUGUCGAUCGGUCUAUCCUGGCCAUGACCGACGACCAAUUCAGUCCACAUACAUGGGAAGAACUCAAGCAGAUUAUUGCUGAGCACAAUCUCAGCACUCUCAGGAGACGGCCUUCGGACUUGAGACGGUAUAUAAAAUGGUCUCGCAAGACCAAAACAACAUAUGGGAGUGUUCCCAACUUUGUGAUGACAGAGAGGCUCAAAUGGACGCCUCUCCCGUCAACAGACCCUGACGCAGGACCGAAAUUCGCCGUGAAAAAUCCGCUGCCCUUUGCUGAUCCAGCCGAUUUCAAAAUCUUGCACAAUGACUGGCCCUAUGGAGUGACUCCUGGCAUCAAGCACCUCAUUGUCUGGCUGAAGACACGAUUGGAGUCGGAGCCAACAAGAGGUGAUAUGACUCCCAAAUCAAGACGGCAAGUCGAGGAUUUCAUACGGAGCAAAUUUGUAGAUCGAGUCAAAGACUUGCCCGGUGAGCAACCGAAGGUGAUGUGGUUCAAAAAUUGGACAGCCUUACAGUCUGUGCCCGGCAUGGAGCAUGUGCACGUUCUUGUCAGAGAUGUUCCGGACAGCAUCAUUCAGGAAUGGACCGACGGUGACCAACCUAUGAACGAUCAGGAUAAUUUCGUUCAAUAUCGACAUGGGAUUUGA